AUGGCCUUUGCCUGCUAUGCGCGGGUGGCCAGGUGCCGAGCGGCCCACCUCUCCCUGUGGUCGCGGCAGGUGAACUUGGCCCUGGACCGCCGGGGUCUCGCCUCGGCGCGGGUGCUCUCGGAGAGGCGGCCGGCGCUGUGCUUCGCGGAGCAGCGCCUGCCGGGCGUCGCAGGCAUGCUGGUCUCUGAGCUGGCCGCCCAGUCCAGUGAGCCCAAACCUCAUCCGCGCUGUGAGCUGGAGCCUGAGCGAGACCGGAGGUUUGGGCGCUUGGACUUCGUUCUUGGCUCGGGAAAUUGCACAGAGCCCUUCAGCCUGCCUCAACCCUCAGACGCCCAGGACCCGUGGUCCGGCAAGGCGCUAGGCGAGGCAACGAAGCCUCGGGGCUUCGAUGACUUCUGGACAGAGCAGGAAGCGGUCCAGCGAGGCGAGAAGGAGCCGGACGCGCAUCUCAAGGAGAACGAAGCUGAAAGAGGCAAAGGAGCCAAAAGCAAAGGAGGCAAGGGAGGCACAGGAGGCAAAGGCAGAGGCAGACGAAGAUACAAUGUGGUUGAACGGCCGCCUCGGGCGCGGCCCACCCACUUUGUGGCGAUUCGGCUCUUCUCUCGCUUGUGGCCUGGCAAGCAGGUCGUGCGGGAUGCUUUGUCACUGACCACUGAGCUUGGCGUUUUGCCGAGGAUUCGCCGCACAGUACAGCAGAUGCAACAGUGGUUCAUUGCCAAGAACCCGCUCUUUGAGCACUGCCUGGUUCCGGCCAUCCCCCCGGAGCGCCGGGGCGAGGCCCAAGAGGCGUGUCACGAAGCCGGGGAGGAGAUCCGCGACUUGUUGGGCGACCAAGCGGUAAAGAUCAUCGCCAGCGGCAUCAGCUGCUUCAACGGCCAGAUCCUCUUCACCCGACUCCGCACAGAGCCCCACGACAUGCUUCAGGCCAUCCACGAUGAACUGGCGCUGGCCUUUAUGCGCCACGGCUUCCCGGUGCUUGAUGAGAGCGCGAAGUCUUGGCUGGAGGGAGAUGAGCCUCACGACUUCAAGGCCCAUGCGUCCUUCAUCAAGGUGUCAAAAGCCUUGGCUCAUGCCAAGUCCGAGGGUGAGAAGCGGCAGUUCCGAUCCCUUCGUGUGACCUCGGACGACCUGGACGCCUGGCGCGAUGUGUUCUUCGGCACCCAAAUCUGCACGGAGUUCGAGUUGCUGGACAUGAUCGGCUCGAGCCGGGAUGGCUACUAUCCCUGCUUGCAGCUGGAGUACUUCCACGACCGAACCAUUGUGGUGAGUGAGCCCAGCCUUGAAAUCAGCCUGGCGGCAGGCCCGGUCCGCACGGCGCAGCUGCGGGUGGACCAGCACGCGGGCGCAGGCCUUCAGCUCUCGGCCUGCGAGGCCGGAUACUUGGUGGAGGAGUUGGAGCAGUGGCCCGGCCAGCCCGACAUCCGCGCGCAAGAUGUAAUCGUGGCAGCUGGGGAGGCGCUGCUUAUCGGCUUAGAGGAAUCCAAGAUGGAGGAGGAGUUCCGGCAAUGCUUCAACAAUGGUGCGCUGCUGGUGGGAGCCUUGGAGAUUCGGCGCAUGGAUUUGGACCAAGUCCGGCGCUGCACGCGCCUGCGGCCCUGGGACGAUGGCUCGGGCACCGGCUCGGUGCUCGUGCGCUCCGUGCCGCGCGGCAAGCGCCGGCUCCGCCUGUCUGCGGAGUACCGGCCCGACCCCCUCAACCAGCCAGGAGACCCAUGGGCCAAUGCAGCUGCGGCGGGGUACCUCUACCCGAAAUACACGGGUUGGGGAACCAAGUUCCAGAAGAGGAAAGCGACGGUGGUCGACUCCUCACGCUUCCUCAAGCCCAAAAUGGUGGAACCCGACGAGCGCGGCUUCUUCGAGAGCAAAGAACUCACGAAGGUGCACCAGCGACUCAACCAGACCAUACGCCGAGCGGGUAGCCAGGAGAAGCUCUUGAGGGUUCUCCACGAGGAGAAAGCUAUGCUUAGCAGCUCCAACCGCGUUGCAGCCAUCACUCGGCUGGCAUCCCUUGUGAAGACGGCUCCACACGACCCACGCCUGGAGGGGCUGUUGAAGGAGACCUUCUGGAGGACCUAG